AACACAAUGGCUUUCACGCACUUGCUGCUGUGUGCGGGGAUGUUGACACUGCGCUUGUGUGGAGCCUACUAUAGCGGACCUCUUCAGCCUGAGAUGUCUAAUGGCACUUUUCAUCAUUACUUCGUGCCGGACGGCGACUACGAGGAAAACGACGACCCGGAGAAAUGCCAACUGCUCUUCCGAAUGACCGACGAUCGAAAGUGCGGUCACGAGGACGACCAGGACUCCGUCAUCCGGGACGAUUUCACCAUCAUCAAGCGACAAAUUGAGGACUCUGCUCGGGUGCUGGAGGGACUCGGGAGGAGCAUCUCCUACGACCUGGACGGAGAGGACAGCUACGGGAAGUAUCUUCGGAGAGAGACCUCGCAGAUAAGCGAUGCCUUCACGAACUCCGAGAAGUCCCUGUUGGAACUUGAGGUGAAGUUCAAGCAGAGCCAGGAGAGCGAGUUGAAGGAAGAGCACCGGCUCAGCGACGACUUCCUCAACAUGAUCGUGAGCACCCGGGACGCCCUAAAGGAGACACUGGACAUUUCUCUGGGCCUGAGGGACAAACAUGAGCUCCUCUCGCUCAUCAUCCGCAGUCACGGUACACGCCUCAGUAGACUGAAAAAUGAAUACAUGAAGUACUGA